AUGACGGCGAAUGCCGCCUCUUCAUCGAAAACCUCCGAGGAGCAGCACUCGAAUGACGUGCUCCAUAAAGCCACAGACUACAUAAUCAUCGAAGUAGAGACGAAAGUAUUGUCGCAAAAGUAUAAGCUGACGAAGACAUCGUCGAAGGAUCACAGGUCGGAUCAAAAAUCUAAAAGGAAAAACCCUCGUAACGAUAAAGACGUCCAUCACGGGGAAGAAGAGACCCAGGGGGCGCAUAACUACGCCAUCAACUCUGAGCAAGGCCGGACGACGGGUAAUACAUGGACCCAAAAUCUGAAUUACGAUGAGAACGCCUUCUGCGACUUUCACCAGGCCCACGGCCACUCGACCGUAAACUGCAAAGUUCUCGGUGCUAGGUUGGCCGCAAAGCUGCUCGCGGGAGAACUUGCCGAAGUGUCUAGUGUAAAAGAUCUCGUCCGCGAUUCAGACUGCCUUCCGAGAAACGAUAAAGCCCAUCAAACAGAGAACUCUCUCCAGGGGAACCAAUUGGGAGAAAAGCGUGGGAGAAGGCAGGACGAGAAGGGCAACGACAAUAGUCGCCGCAGAGGCAAGGCCGAGACGAGCGCAGAUUCGCUAUCUUGGUAUGUGCCUAGUGACCUCCGGAAAGGAUUGAUCACAUUCGACGAAGAAGAGGUCGACGGAAUCGACUACCCCCACUGCGAUCUGCUCGUGAUCGAUCUGGUGAUAAGAGAUCUCGAAGUCGCAAGGCUUCUCAUCGACACGGGAAGCACGGUCAACGUCAUCUUCCGCGAUACUCUCAAGAGGAUGAACGUUGAGUUAAGAGAAGUCGUACCAUCACCCAAGCCUCUAACCGGCACAAUGUGA